AUGAGUAAAUUCUAAGACGAUAUGGGCCCCAGUCAAAAUUAGAUCAGGUAAUACUACCAAUGCUAUCUAAAGACAGAGAAAAGCUCUGGAAAAUCUGAUCAAUCAAUAAAAUAAAUCAAAAUCAAAACAGACAUAGAGAACUCAUAUUCUAGUAUAGCAAUUAAAACCAUAAAAUUGUAUGGAGAAGUUGAAUAUAUCAUAACUCAAAAGUUAAAAAAUGGAAAUGGAUAGAAAAAUAAUAAAAAAUUCUUUACUUUAGGAUAUUGGUAAUAUUGAAUUAGAAAUUCAAAAAAUGACAGUAGAAUACAAGACUCCUGUUAAUAAAACUUAGAUUAUAGAUUCCAAUAAUGGAUUAUUUAAUUAAAAAGUUAUUGCUUAUUAAUUAAAUUAGACAGAUGUAUCGAAGUCUGAUCAUAAAAUAUCAUUAAUUCAUAGACAUUAAACCUCGAAUGAUAAUACAACAAAAUUAACUAAAACAAAUCUUAUUUCUGAAGCUUCAUAUUUAAAACUAGCAGAAUCCAUGAGAAAUUAUUCAAACUAAAAAAAAUCUGUUGAAGUCAAAAUUAUUGACAAACCUAAAACUAAACCUUAUAAUAUUUUAUCAACAAAAUAAUAAUCAGAUAUAAACAUUUAAAAAAAAUAAAAUUGUGAUGUUUAGAAUAGUAUUAAGUAAAAUUAUUUUUUAUAUAUAUUUAUAGAACUUAAAUUCCUUAAGACAAUAGAUUAUCUUAAAAAAUAAAUUCUGAAAGAAAUAAGACUACUUAAAUUAAAUCUAUAUUAAAGUAGACAUCCUUUCAUACAUAGGAUAUUAAUUGUAUUCAACAUAAUUUGAUUUCUAAUGUAAUUCAAAAUUAAUAAUCAAAGGUUUAAAUUAAAUUAGAUAAUGAACAUAAUCAAAUUUAUAAUAAAUUCAAUGAUGAUAAUAAAUUAGAUAAAGCACUUAAAAUUUACAAUACUUUAAAGCAACUAGUUCAUAAAGAUUCUUAAUCAUAAACUUAAGUUAGAGAAUAGAAAAAUUGA